AAUCUAUUGAAUAAUUUCCAGAACUGGGAUGUAAUGACAGUAGCUGCAAGAAUGUUUCUUUUCUUUCAACUUGUCACUGUAUUUCCACUAAUUGCCUACAUGCUUCGCGUUCAAGUAAUGGGAAUUUUAUUUAAACAUUCAGAACCAGGAUUUGUCAAUAUUUUAGCAUUCAAUGUGCUCGUUGUUGCUAUUUGUGUGUUGUUUGCUGUUCUCCUGCCCAGAAUUGGAACAAUUAUAAGGUUUACUGGUGCUUUGAGUGGACUCAUUUAUAUCUUCACUCUUCCAAGUCUUUUGCACUUGGCAUCAUUGCGAAUACGCGGAGAGCUGACAAUACCAAUACUUAUUAUCCACCUAAUAAUACCUAUUUUUGGGGGUGGAAACCUCAUUGCACAGUUUUUUGUUUCUGAAUGAUUUGUCCUUUUAAUAAUCAGUAUCAUGUUUACAUUAUUUUAUUUGUUUUAUUAA